AUGUCACAGUUGAAAACACGCAACACGGUGAUGACAAAGUUCUACCAGCACAUCCUUGCUUUGGUGUUUGCUGUUGAUGAGAUCAACAAGAAUCCCCGGAUCUUGCCCAAUGUCUCUCUGGGAUUCCACAUCUAUGAUAGCUAUUAUGAUUCAAAGAUGGCCUACCGAACAACUCUGGACCUGCUCUUUAAAUCACAUCACUUUGUUCCCAACUACAGGUGUGGCAUCCAGAAAAAUGUAAUAGGAGUCAUUGGGGGACUUGGCUCUGAUACCUCCUGGAGCAUGGCAAACGUCUUAGGUCUUUUCAAGAUUCCACAGAUUUCAUAUGGUUCAUUUGAACCAGCCAUAAAUGAUGGAACCAAGUUCCCUUCCUUUUACCGCAUGGUCCCGAAUGAAGAUCAUCAGUACAAGGGAAUAAUCCAGUUACUUCUGCAUUUUGGGUGGAAAUGGGUCGGGCUGAUCACUCCAGAUAAUGAAGCUGGAGAACGUUUCUUGCAGCUCCACUCAUUCCUGCAGAGAAAUUCAUUCAACAACAGUGCUGGGGAUGAAAUUACAUUCAAUGAAUAUGGAGAAUUAGCAGCUGGCUUUGAUAUUACAAACUUGGUCACGUUCCGAAAUGGAUCAUAUGUCAGGGUCAAAGUGGGAAGGUUGGAUCCUCAGGCCCCUCCUGGAAAAGAGCUCACCAUUAAUGAGGAGAGAAUCAAAUGGCACAGAGACUUCACUCAGGUGCCACCCCCUUCUCUAUGUAAUGACAACUGCAAUCCUGGUUACCGGAAGAAAAAGAAGGAGGGAAAGAAGUUUUGCUGCUAUGAUUGUGAUCCAUGUCCAGAAGGAAUGAUUUCAAAUGAGAAAGACAUGGAAGCAUGUGUCAGUUGCCCAGCAGAUCAAUAUCCAAACAAGGGCCAGGAUCUAUGCAUUCCUAAGAUUCCAAACUUGCUAGCCUUUGAUGAAACCCUGGCCAUUGUUGCAACUUCCUCUGCACUUUUAUUCUCUCUGAUCACAAUUCUGGUGCUUGGCAUCUUCAUUAAGCAUCGGAAUACAGCCAUAGUCAAAGCCAACAACCGAAACCUCACCUAUGGUCUCCUCAUCUCCCUCCUCUUGUGUUUCCUCUCUUCUUUGUUGUUUAUUGGAAAACCUAAUAAGGUGACUUGCCUUCUCCGACAAAACACUUUUGGCAUUGUCUUUUCCGUGGCCCUCUCCAGCAUCUUAGCCAAAACCAUACUGGUGGUUUUGGCAUUCAUGGCUACCAAACCAGGAACCAAUAUGAGGAAAUGGGUAGGCAAAGAACUGGCUUAUUCCAUUGUCUUUUCCUGUUCCAUUGUUCAAGUAGGGAUCUGUGUCCUCUGGCUGGCAACCUCUCCCCCUUUCCCAGAUGUGGACAUGCACUCAAUGAAGGAAGAAAUCAUAUUUCUUUGUAAUGAAGGGUCAGUCCUCAUGUUCUAUUGUGUUUUGGGCUAUAUGGGCUUCCUGGCCACUGUCAGCCUCACAGUCGCCUUCCUAGCCAGGAAGUUGCCUGACACUUUCAACGAAGCCAAGUUCAUCACCUUCAGCAUGCUGGUCUUCUGCAGCGUUUGGCUAUCCUUCAUUCCCACCUACCUGAGCACCAGAGGGAAAUACAUGGUGGCUGUGGAGAUCUUCUCCAUCUUUGCUUCUGGUGCUGGGUUAAUGGCUUGCAUUUUCACCCCUAAAUGCUACAUUAUUGUGGUGAGGCCUGACCUGAACAACAGAGAGCAGCUAACACAAAGAAAGUUAUAA